CAAAAUUAUGAUAGGAGAAUAUAAUCUAGUUUUAACCUGUCAGUAAAAAAUCUCAUGCUGCUGGGCAGGAUGUAAACAAGUAAAUUCAUUUAAAAGCGUCUUUGGAGUGCAUCUUCUAAAAGAGCGGCUUUAAUUUUAGAUAAUUUUAAUUUAUAAAUGAGAUAAUCGUGCUAAAUACCAUUAAAUUUCUUUUGAUAUGAUUGAUUUCCUAUUAAAUCUUCCCAGCAUACUGUUUCAACGAUGACAGUUAAUUGUGAAUAUUUUGUAAGGUAUCUGUAUGUGUUAUGUGCAUUGUUGAUUCAAAUUUCUCAAGGUAGUUUUGGUGGAUUUCCAGAUUUUCAGUUUUUAGUUGAACCUCGUGACAUAAUCGUUAUUAAGGAUAAUGCUGCUAUUUUAAAUUGCUCAACUACUGGCCAACAUACUGUCAUAAAAUGGAAAAAAGAUGGAAGUUCAUUAGAUCUUGAUGAGCGUCGGUUUGUUAUGUCAAAUGGAUCUUUAAUUUUCAAAAAAGUUGUACAUAGUAGAACUGAGAGGCCAGAUGAAGGACUUUAUCAAUGCUCAGCAUUUAAAGAAGGAGUUGGAACUAUUAUUAGUAAAGAAGCUAAACUUCAAAUAGCAUCUUUACCACCAUUUGCAAAAGUGAUUACGGAUCUUUCUGUUUCCCAAGAACAAACUGUUUAUUUUCCUUGCUCAAUACAAGCUGUACCACCAGCUUCUAUAACCUGGUUCAAAAAUCAGCAACCUCUACAUUUAGAUGCAACUCGGAUGACAAUUUUACCGAGUGGAGCUCUGGAGAUUGAUGAUGUGCAACCAGUAGAUAGAGGCACUUACCACUGUGUUGCAGAAAAUGUAGAAAAAGCAAGAGAAAGUGACCAUGGAACUCUUUCAGUUAAUCCAAAAACAGAUGAAUUGUUGUCAUCUCCUAAUUUUAUUGCUACUCCUCCAUCUACUGUUGUGAUAGCUAAAGGGUCCAACUUAACUCUAGAUUGUGCAGCUAAUGGCAAUCCAAAUCCUAUAAUAACCUGGUUAAAAGGAAAUUCUGCUAUCGAUUUUUCGUUUUUAGGAAGUCGCUUUAGAAUUGUAGGCUCUGGCAGUUUGAAUCUUGAAAACGUUGCUGAAGAAGAUGCAGGAACUUACAUGUGCCGUGCUGAAAAUGCUGAAGAUUCCAUAGACGCUAGCUCCACAAUAACUGUUAUUGUUCCCCCAUAUUUUUUGACCAAGCCUCAAAAUCAAGCUGUUUAUGAAAAGGAAGAUGUGACAUUCAAAUGCAGUGUUUAUGGACGACCCUUACCAAUUGUGCGUUGGUUCAAAGACGGAGAUCUCAUUGUUCCGAGUGAAUAUUUUCAGAUUGUAAAUGGCUAUAAUCUGAGAAUUCUGGGAGCUGUCAAAUCUGAUAGUGGAAUCUAUCAGUGUUUUGCUACAAACUCUGCUGGAAAUAUCCAGUCAUCUGCCCAGUUAAAAGUCCUCAGCAAUGAUUCUUCCGAAUCAGCUGCUUUUUCUCUUCCUGUAACUUUACCUAACUUUCCACACAAACCAGGAUUUCUUCAGUUUCACAAGGAAGGACCAUCUGCUCCAUUGAACCUCACUGCUGUUAUAGUCAAAACUCGAUUUAUCACUCUAUCCUGGGAACAGCCUGUUCAGAGAAAUGGACCAAUCAUUGCUUAUUCUGUGUAUUACAGGGAAAUUAACUCCUCUAGGGAACGUGUACAAAAUAUAACUCGUCCUGUUGUAGAAGAUAUAAACAUCCAAGGCUUACAACCUGCUACAAAUUAUGUUUUCAGAGUUAUUGCUUAUAAUCAACAUGGACCUGGCAGAUCAUCAAAUGAACUUUUGGUUCAAACUCUGAACGAUGUUUAUGUUCCCAAUUCUCCAAACUCAUUGACUGUCAUUCCAAGAAACUCUACAUCCAUACUAGUUAAGUGGAAUCCUCCAGACACAAAGAAGGAGUCUGCGGAAUACUAUAAGCUUUUUUAUGUUGCAUCCGGUUCAUCAGAUGAGCAAGAAAUAGAGACCAACAGUACAAGCUAUGAGUUGAAUGAUCUCAAAAAGUUUACUGAGUAUACAUUUUGGGUGACAGCUUUUAAUAAAAAUGGACCUGGUAUGAGCACUGACGAAGUUACGGUCAGAACUCAUGAUGAUAAACCGGGUGAUACUCCUCAAAAUGUGAGCUUAGAACCAGCAAGUUCAACGAGUAUAACCAUAAGAUGGGAACCUCCUCCUUUAGAAUACCAGAAUGGUGUCAUUACUGGAUAUAAAAUACGUUUUAAGAAACGAAGUGGAAAUGCUGAAACUAAAACCGCAGAUGGAAGCAGACGAUUGUAUGCUCUUGUUGAUUUGGAAAAAGGAGCUGAGUACAUGGUCAAAAUUGCAGCCAUUACAGCUAAGGGUACAGGUCCAUUUACUGAUUGGCAAACUGUUGAAACUUACUCAAAUGAUUUGAUUGAAAGUAAAGUUCCUGAAAUGCCAAGCUCGCUGAGGGCAAGACCAUCAGCUAAUUCAAUCUUUGUCAGUUGGGUACCUCCACGUGAUCAAACCAUUAUUGUCAGAGGUUACAAACUUGGUUGGGGUAUUGGUUUGGCUGACGUUUACACUAAAAUUUUAGAUGGCAAGCAACGACAUUUUACAAUUGAAAAGCUACAAUCUUCGAGUGAAUAUGUUAUAAGCUUGUUGGCUUUCAAUGAAGCAGGUGAUGGGAGGCCUGUAUACGAAACUGUUAAAACACAAGUGGAAACCACUCCAGAGCCGUUAACACCAAUGUUACCCCCUGUUGGAUUGAAGGCUAUUGUUCUGUCAUCCUCAACAGUUGUUUUAUACUGGACAGAUACAACUCUUUCUCGUAAUCAAGUUGUGACUGAUAACAGAUUUUAUACUGUUCGGUAUACUGCUUACAUAUACUCUUCAGCUCCAAAGUAUCGUUUCUUCAACUCGAGUGAUUUGAAUUGUAUGAUAGAUGAUCUCAAGCCCAAUGCUCAAUAUGAGUUUUCAGUCAAAGUUGUGAAAGGAAAGAGGGAGAGUACUUGGAGCAUGAGUAUUUUAAAUACAACCGAGGAAGCAGCUCCUUCAUCUCCACCAAGGGACCUCACUGUAGUUCCUUCUGAAGAUGACAACUCUGUUAUUAAUUUGCAUUGGCAGCCACCUAAGCAACCCAAUGGCCACAUAACAGGUUAUGUGAUAUUUUACACUACUGAUAAAACACAACGAGACAGAGAUUGGGUUGUAGAAGGUGUUGUUGGUGACAAAAUGACCACUAUAUUGAAAGGUCUUACUCUGGAUACAAUGUAUUAUUUUAAGAUACAAGCAAGAAACAAUAAAGGAUAUGGCCCACUUUCUUCUGAAAUAGCUUUCCAUACAGCUGCAGGAUUAGCACUGGCAUCUGGAUCAUCAUAUUUUGAGAGUAAAGGAUUUGCUAAUAGUUUGCUAUACAUUAUAAUUUCUUGCAUUUCUGGCAUUACAAUGAUCAUCAUAAUUGGUGUUAGUAUUGCAGUUUGUAGACGUCGCAACAGAUAUUUAGCCCCUGAUGGUUGCAAAAGUUAUAAAUCUUCAAAAGGGGCAUCAUCUAAAAAUAAAGGUGCUGCUAAAGAUUUAGUCCCACCAGAUCUUUGGAUUCACCAUGAUCAAAUGGAAUUGAAAUCAAUGGAUAAAAGUAGCAACUCUAACAUGUAUUCAUCUUCAUCUCAAAGGUCUUCUCAGGAAUUGGGUCAUGAGCCUCUUUUAAAUACAUUAGAAAAAAAGAAAAGUGCCUAUUUAGAUUCCCUCAAUGAUGAUCUUUUACCUAAUUCUGACAAAUGUUAUGUCAAGUGCCGUCCAAUAAGAGCUGCUCCUUUAAAAAUUUCACUUGAUCACCAAAAACCUGUUAUAAGUAUUGACGCUUCAGUUAUCACCUCUAGUGGUGGCAUGCACCCAAGUGCUUAUGAUGUAGGAACAACAAAUAGCUUAGGACGUCCCAUGUAUCCUAGAACUCAGUACAAUAUUCAACGAAAUCUUGGCCCCCAUGAUAUUCAACCUGCAGUUGUUCUUGGGGAACCUCCUCCUCCUCCUGUAUCCUUACCUCUAUGUCCCCCACCUUCUUGCACAGCUACCAUACGUUCUGUAUCAGAAACACACGGCAGACUAAAUUCAGAAAAUCAGACUGUGGCCUUCAUUCCAACUGUUCAUGAAACACCAGAAGUUGGCAACUGUAGCACUCUUACUAAAAAGCAAUCCUCUCAGCAACAUCCUAUGCGAAGUUUCACUAUUCCUGCUUCUUCAUCUCAGAGUGUUCCAGCUACCCCACUUUCAAAACAUACAGCAAUUAAAUCACCCCCUGUAGUUUUAAGUCCUCAUAAGAAAGUAGUCCUUCAUAUACCUGGGGAGACAAGUUCUUCAUUAGUACAGUCAUCUUCCAAACCUCCUUCGACAGCAGUUGUUUCUCCUACAACUAGUGAUUCAAAUUCACCUCCUAUUCAACCUUCGGAAAGCACAGAGCAUCUAAACCAAGAAGUUGCGAAUUUAGAAGGAUUGAUGAAAGAUUUGAAUGCAAUAACUGCCUCUGAAUUUGAAUGUUGAAGCUAUUUUUAUUGCAAGAAGAGGCAGCUUAGUUAUGGCAACUGUAGUGAUUUAGUGUAAUAAACUUAGAGGGAAUGAAGGUUAUUGCUACCAAUUGUUGUGUGCUAUCGAACAAAAGCAUUGUGAAUAAUUUCAUAGAACAAAAAUGUGCCUGACAAUUUUUUUAUUUACAAAAUUGAUUUAUAGUCAUCAUAGAAUUAAAAGCAUUGUGUAGUUGUUUUGAGCUUUGAAAGUGUCUUCAAAUUAGAAUAGAAAUGGAUCCUUUUUUUUCUUCAUAAUCAUUGGAAUUUAAAAUUAAAAACCUGUUAUAUUUACAAAAUUUAAAAAUCUGUUAGUCAGAGGACCAAUUUUGUGACAGGUUUCAGAAGCAACUUCUAAAUUUUUACCAUAUUACAUUAAAUAAUAUUAAUUGCUUUAAAUAUACCUUACAUUGUGCCAAUUGUGUGAUCUAAAAACACUGUUCAAGUUUCAUUGUAAAAGUAAAUUUAUUUAUAAGGGUUGCUAAAAUAAAAGCUAGGCAUGGAUGAUAGUGACAAAAAUACUUGAACAAGAGCAGCAACACUUUUCAGGGUUAUAAAUUAAAAUAAUGGGAGUACAUCACAGAUUGUGUGUAAAUAUAUUACAUGAAAGCACUUAAAGUGACUGUAAUGCUGUGCUAAAAGUGGCUGCACUCAAAACAGAACAUUGCACAGUACUACAAAUUUUAUAAGCAGAUGGUGGGCGUAACAUGGGCAUUUAUCAUCAAAUGCUAACUGUAGAUGAAAAUUACUAUGUGCAAAGGGUGUAAAAGUUUUUAGGAAGGAUGUAUAACAUUAUCAGAUCUGCUCACAAAUUUAUUGCUACUCUUGAGGAAGUUAUAAGUGGUAAUCAAAAAGUUAUAACUCGUAACCUGUGCAACAUUUUGUUUGUCAUAAGUGAGGGAACAGUGCAGUCACUUACUGCUGUAAAAAACCAUACUACAUUAUUUUGUUCUGGAUGCAUUGUUCUGGCUCAACUUAAAAUUCAUUUUAAGUGAUUUCAUAAAAAUUAGUUAAUUAAUUAUACUCAGCCUGUAGUUUUCACUUCACUUACUUUAAAGCCCUAAAACUUUUCUCUGUUCUCACUAAUGUAUUACUGAUGCUAUCAAACAUGCCACUCAAGAAAAGCAUUGCCAAAUCUUUUUAUGAUAAGAAAUAAGAGACGAAAAAAAGAACUUGGGCAUUGACUUGGAAAAUAUAUUUAUAAAAAAAUUGUGUAAAAACAUAUGAUGUAUUAUUGUAAAAUUUGUGUACUAUGCGGUUUGUGGUGCUACAAAUAUGAAUAUUUUCGUAACCUUUGAUGUGCUUUUAUAUGCCAAUUGUAUUUAGCUAUUUUGUUUGUUACAUUUUGGGUACUAAAGUUGUAAUGUUUGUUAAAUUUUUUCAAUCAGCUGACUUUGUAAUACAUUUUUAUAACUCAAUCAAGCAAUUUUUAUUGUUGGUAUUUUAAAUAAGAAAUGCAUGUCAUACGAAAAGUAUCGUAUAACUCUAAUUCAUUCUCA